UGACCUCACUAUGAGAGUCACUGCUGAGUGGAACAGUGGCAGUAACAGUAGUAGAGCUGAGAGAAAGGAGACUGAUCACUGGAGGAAGACUAGCGGGAGUUAUACAACUGCCUCUUGAGGCUACCGCCCGAACUUAACUAAAGAAAACGUGAAAAGUCUCAAAAAGAUAUAGUUCACCUUGUAUAAAUACAGCAAGCCUGUAGCACCAAAUUGAUUAUUACCAAUCGUCGAGCCAUUGUUGUAAAGAUCUGUUCCUAAUUGCUAUAGAGAUUACCAAAGGAUCUAAUACCUUUUCGUUAUUAACACAAGCCUAAUACAAAUAGGCUGUCCUCCUUGAAAUUAGUGAUAAUUCAUCAAAGAAUACCAAUCAAAGUCGCCAUGUCUCUCAGAACAUUUAUACUUUGCUUGAGUCUCUUAGCGCUAAUAUCCUUCUCUUCCAGUCAAGUGAAUCAAACUUGUGGUGACUGGUACACCAACGGUGGCAUUAACAGAAUUAACUGCACAAUCUAUGUCAUAGAACAAGCCCCAGAGAACACCCUUGUAUUUAAUGCUCCGGCUUUAGUUAAUGGCGCUCAUUAUUUUUAUGGCUCCUCUAUUGCCAAUAAUGAGCACUUUACUGUCAUUAAUAAUCGACUGCUCUACACCAGUGGGUCUUUCGAUAGAGAGGAUAUGGUCACUCGGGAAACUGCUUCAAUGCCAGUCAUUAUAGAAACCUUGGCGACGGCAUUAACACCUGGUCCUAAUAAUGUUCUUGUAUAUAACGUGAUGCACCUUACCAUACAUGUCAUAGACUUGAAUGACAAUGUCCCUAGAUUUAGGAGAGGGUUGAAUUUCAUCAACAGUGCUAUACCUUAUGCUCUCUUGACGCAUGAGAGCUCUAGCCUCUCCUCAAUUCUGACAAUGGAGGCCAUUGAUUAUGACGAGGGUGACAACGGGACGUCUUUUAUAGAACUGGUUCAAUCGGAACCGGAAAUGUUCAAUAUUAGCGUCACGUACGAGGGGGGACGUCCAACAAUCCUCGACAUUGUGCCCAUAGCUGCCCUUGAUCGUGAGAUGCAGGAUAAUUACAUAUUUGAUGUCAUUGCAUACGAGGGUAUCUCAAACCCGGCCAACGCCACACUGAGGAUUAAUCUGACCAUUAUAGAUGAGAAUGACAAUCAGCCAAUAUUCAAUCAGACCCAAUACUCCACCAGUAUCAUUGAGACCAGCCCCAUUAACACUAGCCUUUUAUUCCUCAAUGCCACUGACCUUGAUACAGGAACCAAUGCGGCCAUAUCUUAUAAAAUCAAGGAGGUCUGUGCUAAGAGUACACAGGGAGGAUCCUGCAUUGAUGUACAGCUCUGGCCUUUUGCUCUUGAUACAGAGUCUGGGCUCCUGAGGGUUAGUGAGAUGUUAAAUUAUGAAGAGAUGGUAGAGUAUAGGCUCACUGUUGAUGCCUAUAAUCCUCACCAGGAGCUAGCAGGAUCCUCUACGGCUCUCGUUAACAUAGAGGUACUUGAUGUUAACGACAAUGCACCGAUAGUCGAGGACUUCUCUGUCGUGGUGACUCUAUCUGAGAAUUUUGCCAUCAAUUCGACUUAUGCUACCUUCAGAGUGCACGAUGCAGACUCGCCGAAAUACUCUCUGUUCUAUCUCUCACUGCUUGAUGACAUGACCGGGUUGAAUAGCACUACUUUCGGUCUCCAGAACAGCUCGCAGACUUACAACAGUGUCAAGUUGCUCCAAGUGCUUGACAGAGAGUCAAGAGAUAUGUAUAAUCUCACUAUAGUGGCCCGAGACUUGCUCAAUGCAUCGCUGUACAGCACGUACCGUUUUACUAUUUCUGUCGGUGACGUGAACGACCAUUCGCCGGUGUUUAAUCCAGUGUCUAACCCAGUGUUGCUAGAGGAAGAGAGCUCUGUCAGCACGUUAGUCGUAAAAGUAUCAGCCACUGACGCGGACAUUGGUAGUAAUGCUGGAAUACGUUUCAGUCUCCCAGCUACCAGUGAGAGCUAUCCAUAUCAAGGCAACUUUACCAUUCAAGGAACAACUGGUAAUAUACUAGUAGGCACUUCAAUUGAUCGUGAAUCGACUCCUACUCUAUUCCUCCUUGUUGUGGCUACUGACAAGAAUGGAGCUGAUGAUGGAAGGAGCACUAAUUUAACAAUUAAUAUAACAUUAACAGAUAUCAAUGAUAAUCCUCCUGUCAUUACGACUGUCAUACCAAGUGAGAUCGAAGUCCUUGAGAAUGUAACAAGUGGUUCACUGAUCAUUGAUAUUGACGCGGCUGAUCCUGAUCUCGGAUCAAACGCAAUCAUUACUUACCAGUUGAGUGUAGUAGCUCCCUCUCUCUCGUCCCCAUCUCCCUUUGCCAUCAACUCAUCCACUGGCCGUGUUACUGUUAACGGAGUCCUGGAUCACGAGUCUGUAUCUCAGUAUGUGCUGAGUCUGUCAGUCACUGAUGGGGUCAAUCCCCCAACCACUCAAAACCUUACACUCAACGUCAAAGACGUCAAUGACAACUCUCCUUCAUUCCCAACUAAUAAUUAUUACAAGACACUCCACGAGAAUGCGACCAUCGGUAGUCCAGUGAUCACUUUACAAGCUACUGAUGCCGACUCUGAUCAAUACACUAGCAUCAGUUACUCAUUCGUCUCUGGAAGCUCUGACUUUAGUAUCAAUCCAACCAGUGGGGCUAUAACCACAGCUGCGUCCUUAGACUGGGAGACACAGUCAGUCUAUCAUCUCAUUGCAAGGGCUUAUGAUGGAUUUGGUAGGUACUCAGAAAACAUCAACGUCACUGUCUCUGUUGUUGAUGUUAAUGACGAGAUACCACAGUUUGUCGGGGAUCCUUAUACUUUUGUAAUCCCUGAAGAUGCACCUCUUAAUUCUGUGGUUGAUCACGUGACGGUGAAAUCCAUCGAGCUAGGUAGUAACGGACUAGCAUUGUUCAAUAUCACAAACGAUGUACCUUUUAUCAUUAAUGGAUCGGGGACCAUCCUAACUUCUGGGAACCUGAAUAGGGAAGUAAAGGAUAGCUAUGAUGUAUACGUUAGAGUCUCGGAUUUGGCCCCUCCUCCACAUUACAACACUACCACAGUCACCAUAAGGAUAUCUGAUGUGAACGACAAUGCUCCUCAAUUUCUUAAUUCAUCAGACAAUGUUUCUGUGAGUGAGAUUCAUGCAGUGAACUCACCUUUUUAUACUGCCCAUGCAACCGAUGCUGACAUCUCGCCUAAUAAUGUCACCAAGUAUUAUCUUGCCGAGAAUACAAACGGUUUUCAAAUUAAUCCAGACAGCGGAGAGCUUAGUCUAACGACUUCGCUGAAUUACGAAGUGCAGCAAAGUAUACUAGUCAAUAUAAUAGCGAGAGAUAAUGGCAAACCAAACUUAUUCUACGCCAACCUAGCCCUCAAUAUUACUGUCCUUGAUGACAAUAAUACUAAUAUCACUUUCCCGGCUUAUUUCCCGCUACAAUACUCCCUAUCUGAGGACACUCCUCUCAAUUUUAUUAUUUCAAAUUUCACUGGCGAAGAUCAUAAAGGCAAUCCUAAGCUCCAUCUUGAUUAUUAUUUGACUAAUGACACUGGUGGGGUUCCUCUCGAGUUUGGAAUAGAGAGAGAAUCUUCGUCUGGGUAUGCUCUUCUCUCGGUCAUAGGAGCUCUGGAUAGAGAGAGACAGUCAACGUACAAUUUGAAUAUAACAAUCAGUGAUGGUAACACUCCUCCUAGCACUGUCACUCAAUUCCUAACUGUUAUAAUACUGGAUGUAAAUGAUAAUUACCCAAAGUUUUCGUCACCUUCGUACUCCACAUCCUGGGAUGAAGAGAGACCGGGAAGGCUAGAAAUAGACUCGCUCUCUGUUUCCGCUACUGAUCCAGAUGCAGGCGAAAACAGCACUAUUGUGUACUCUUUACAAGAUACUGUAUCUGGGCUCUUCUCCAUUGAUUCCAAUGGUCAUAUCUAUCAGGAAAGAGCUCUAGACAGGGAGACCCAGUCCAACUAUAGCCUUGUUGUAAUUGCUUCUGAUCAGGGUACCCCCUCGAAACAGUCUCAGGCUAGUGUUUUUAUAAGUGUGACUGAUAUUAACGACAAUAGUCCGACCUUUACGCCAACUAGUGUUCGAUUGGAUGAGAACUCUCACGUUGGGACUAUAGUAACAACACUCGUAGGCAGUGACCCUGAUGCUGGUUCCAAUGGACAAGUCACUUUUAUUUAUGAUACACAGACUUCUAAUGCCUCCUCUCAUUUUGAGCUUUAUCCCAACGGCACGAUAAUUGUCAUUGACAUACCAGACUACGAGACGAAUCCUCAUUUCAUAUUUUUUGUCACUGCCCAAGAUGGCGGAAGCAGUCCUCAAAAAACCCUUGGCAAUGUAACAAUCAGCCUCAACGAUUUGAAUGAUAACUGCCCCGAAUUCCCAGCCCCUGCCUCUCAGUACAACAUCAGCGUCUUUGAGAAUGCGUCUAGCGGUUACCUACUGAUAGACCUCAAUGCUCAAGAUCUUGACCAAGGCCCAGCUGGUACCAUCCUCUAUGUAUUCGAGAACAUAGCUGACUCAAAGCAGUUUAGACUAGAUAGAGACAGUGGUGAGUUGUCUCUCAAUACUAUGCUGGAUUAUGAAAGAGCAACUCAUCACGAGGUUGGCAUCCUGGCUUAUGAUCAAGGCAGGCCAAGAAACAGAAUCUGCCGGCAGUCAAUACAUGUGUUUGUUAAGAAUGUCAAUGAGUUUGCUCCAACAUUUGACGAGACACCUCUGUUUAUAUUCACAGUCGACGAGGGAUUAUCCUCAAGUGCUGUAGUUGGAAGGAUAGUCGCUUUCGAUCAGGACUCUGAUUCCGUACUUAGCUACAGCCUCUCUUCCUCUCUCCAAUUCACAAUAGACAGUACUACUGGAGUCAUAACCACACUAACUGAGCUGGACUAUGAGACUGCAUCAUUUUAUAAUCUAACUGUUGGAGUCACAGAUCAAGGUGGGCUCUCUUCUUAUAGCUUUGUCCUCAUACUCGUUGGUAAUGUGAAUGACGAGACUCCCUCCUUUGACUCCAACACAUACACAACUUCAGUAUCAGAGAUAGCCAGUAAUGGUACAGUGCUCUUAACUCUAACUGCUACUGAUAAUGACAAUCACACCAAUACACCAGUCACUUACUCUAUAUUAGGGGGAAACAUUGGAGGCGUGUUUGGAGUUGAGCCAAAGACUGGAGACCUAUUUGUUAAUGGUCCGUUGGAUUUUGAGAAUGAUGAUAAUUAUGUAUUGUCAAUAAGCGCUAGUGAUACCGGUAUACCUAGCCGAUUAGCCACUGCUAAUGUUAUUAUUUCUAUUAUCAAUCACAACGAGUUCUCGCCAGUCUUCUCUAAUUCGUCGUAUCAUUUUAAUUUAACUGAAAACUUACCCUCGGGUAGUGUCGUAGGGUCGGUCUCUGCCUCUGAUUCUGAUACUGGUAGUUAUGGUGAUGUGUACUAUUCCCUUCAAACUCUCACUUCGUUCUUUACCAUUUCGGAGACCGGAGUCAUACGUACCCUCGUACCAAUAGACAGAGAGGCCACGCCUACUCUACCAGCAUUGGUAGUCGUUGCUAGUGACUCUAUCAAGACCCAGUCUGUAAACGUGUUUAUCAAUAUUAUCGAUCUAAAUGACAACCGGCCAUAUUUCCCACAAAGUCUUUAUGAGUUUUCUAUUGAUAACUCAAGCCUCCCUGGUGCUGUCAUUGCUCAAAUGUCAGCAGUUGAUCCCGACCUUUCACCAGUGACAUCAUAUUCCAUAUUAAACCCACCAGUUGGCCUACCAAUAGUCAUUAACUCAACUACCGGCUCUCUUUCUCUAUCAACAGCUCUAACUCCAGUCAACAGUCCUUAUGAGUUUACUGUGAAAGCAGUUGAUGCCUUCAAUUCUUCAUUCGUUGCAGAAACUAUUGUCAGGGUCUACCCAACCUCUAGCAACGACCAUUAUCCUAAUUUCACUCAACCUAUUUAUCAAACGACUGUCAGUGAAAACGUCAUACCCUCAGGCCCAAUUGCACUCCCAAAGGCUACCGAUCCAGACACUGGCUCAAAUGGACUCAGGAGAUACUCUCUACAAUCUAACGGCUCCCUAAUUAAAGAUCAAUUUCGGAUCAAUGAAUUAGACGGGAAAUUAUUUCUUACACAAGAAUUGGACUACGAAGUCAUGACAUCACACGACAUCAUUGUGUAUGUGCGAGACUCCACCCCCUCACACCCACGCAUGGCAAUAUCGCACGUCAUUGUAACUGUUACGAAUGAGAAUGAUAAUCCUCCUAGUUUUGUUGACGUCCCUUCAUCUCUUACCAUUACAUUCAUACCUUACAUAGAUGUAGAACUAUUCAGACUCAAUGCUACUGAUCCUGACGGAUCUUCCAUUACUUAUCAACUGUGGACGCAAACUAACAAAUUCUCCGUUGAUCCAGUAACUGGAAUAGUUACUAACAUUAUUGUACUUAAUAGCUCUGUUACCUAUUCACUUACUUUCCGUGUCAGUGAUAGUAAUUUUACAACCUCACAUACUAUGACCUUAAAUAUAGUCUCACCGGGAUCUUCUCCAUUAACUCCAUCAUUCACUAACGGUGAUACAGUAAUUCCAUUCAAUGUUGCUGAGACCUCAAGCAUAGGGUCUCUUAUCACUACAGUCACUGCUCUCCAUUCCCCUACUAGCUAUCACCUGGCCUGCUGUGAUGAAGCUUUAUCCGUAUUCUCCUUAAGCUCCGGCGGGUCUUUCUCGGUCUCUAAUGCUUUGGAUUACGAGACUCAAGAAGAGUAUCAAGUUAUUUUCGAGGCCAGGAGAGUCUCUGGUACUACCAGAUACUCCGACUACCAACAAGCAACUGUUACUAUACAGAAUAUCAAUGAGUACACGCCUACUUUUAAUCCUGUCUCCAACCCGAUCAAAGUGAAUGAGAAUACGGGUAGCAACUCUCUCAUAGUUCAAGUAUCAGCCGUUGAUCAUGAUUCCGGCUCUUUUGGUAUCAUCUCAUAUCAAAUCAUCAGCGGUAACACUGAUUUGGAGUCAUUCAGUAUUAAUUCAACCAACGGUGCUAUUAGAGUGGCCAGUGGUAAGACACUGGAUCACGAGGCAGUCCCAAUGUAUAAUCUAUUGGUGAGGGCUAGGGAUGGCGGAGGGAAGCAGAGUACCACAAUGGUGAAUAUAAUGGUACUUGAUGUGAAUGACUCUCCUCCUGUGUUCCCUGGUAAUUAUACCAUGAGUGUUUUUGAGUCUGGGUCAGUCGGAGAUAGAGUUUUAAAAGUGACUGCAACUGAUGCUGACUCCAGCUCAACAGUUACCUAUCAGCUAGGUACCGUCCAUUCCUAUUUUGAUCAGAUAAGUCGAGGAAUGUCAAACAAGUUCUCUCUGGGCUCUACGACUGGAGAACUCACUUUAGCGAGUCUCUUGGAUUACGAGACUGCUAACAGAUAUGAGUUUACCAUCACGGCCUCCGAUGGUCUUCAUAUUGACACGACACACAUUGUAAUCAAUGUCCUGGACUCAAAUGACAACCCUCCGUCGUUCCAAUUAAGUACUUACCACAAAUCUCAUUUCUUAGAGCUCUCCCUCCCUGGUACAUACGUUAUACAGAUUGAAUCCACUGAUGCUGACUCCAACAGGAACAGCAUAAUAAGGUACUCGCUGGGACAAGACUGGCCGACUAAUAAAUUCACUAUUAAUGAGUUUAGUGGAGUUAUUAGAGUUAAAGAACCAAUGGCUAUAGAAGAGCUUCAGUCGUAUGUGGGUGGGUGCUCGGCAGAUGCGUGGAUGUUUACAGGCACGGUUCUUGCCAAUGAUGGAGUAUGGAAUACGUCCGUUCCAUUGACCAUUAGAUUCACUGAUAUCAAUAAGUAUGCUCCAGUCUUUGAGGGGAGUCCUUAUAACAUCAUUACGUCUGAAACCACGCCCAUAGACACGCCCCUUUUUGCAAUGAACAUAACUGAUCAGGAUUGCGGCCCCAAUGCUGCAAUCAGCACAACCUUACCACGCUAUUACCAUUAUCCUUAUGACCUGUUUAAUUUUAAAAUCAUCAUUUCUAAUCAGUUAUACAGCCUCAAUACACAGAGGACUCUACCUCAGGGUAUCUAUCACUUCCGUCUGGAGGCUUAUAAUAAAAAUCCCUCACCACUGAACCUGCCUAUUUAUUACAAGGCCUCUUAUGCACAUGUGACUGUUACAGUCCUUCCUAAUAACACCCACGCUCCUAUAUUUGAUGAAAUUGGGUCUCUUUCUAUUGAUGAAAAUAGCCUCCUAGAGACUGAGGUUGGUUACGUGAGAGCUACAGAUCUUGAUCUGGGAGUGAGCGGUUUGGUCCACUACUGGUUAAAUGAUACCUCAGUACCAUUCGUGAUAGAUAAUAGCACUAGCAUGCUAAGAGUCAACGGUUCACUAGACUAUGAGUCACAGGAGAGGUAUAGUUUUUAUGUGUUUGCCGCAGACAAUGGCUAUCCUGUUAGACAGACAAGCUUGCUAGUCGUAGUCAAUGUACAAGACAUGGAUGACAACCCUCCUAUAUUUGUCUCUACUCAAUUUAACGGGAGCAUUUUGGAAAACUCACCACUUCAGUCAACUGUUCUUAAUCUCAAUGUGACAGAUGCUGAUUCAACUACCAGCGUAACUUACAGCAUAACCAAUAGGACCUCUCUACCAUUCUCUAUUGAUCCACGUACUGGGGUACUAAAAACAUCAGGAGACAUUGAUUACGAGACACAGACCGAGUACAAUUUUAGUGUAAUGGGAGCUAGUGAGUCUACACCAUUGCUUAAUUCAACUACACUAGUACGGAUUAGUGUACUUGGCGUCAAUGAAUACCCACCAGUAUUAGAGAUUGCUAAGGACGUCAUUCGUGUAUCAAGAAAUGCAUCAAAGGGAGACGUGAUCCUAACUAUUAAAGCAACUGACUCUGAUGACGGUAGUGAUGGUUUGAUAACUUACAGUUUCCGCAUGUCCUCUCCUUAUUUAGCUGUACACAACAAUGGUAGCAUUACAUUAAACAUGUCGUUAACAGAUAUACAUGCACAUCAUGUCUUAGCCAAUUCCGCGGGUAACAGGAAAAGACAGUCGCCUACCAACAGCUCUGAAAUAAUAGUUGAACUAGUUGUUGUAGCAACAGAUGGGGGCAAUCCUCCAAAAAGUGACACCAAAAACUUAACGGUCGUAAUUCCAGAGGGUAUAUCCACAACUUCAGAGCCAACAAAUACCAGUUCUCUUACGACUGAAGUCAUUGUCAUCAUGUCUAGUGUAGCAGCAUUCGUUAUUAUAAUGAUAUUAGUUAUUAUCAUUUGCAUUUCAACAGUGUUCUCUCGUUCACGUAAACUCAAAAAGUCAAAGCUUGAUCUUACUAGAUCAAGUCGUGUCUGUGUUACUGAGAUACCAGUGGAAGAGGAAGAUGCUGUAAAUGGCGGAAAUGUUGAGCUCCAGCAGAUAAGAGCAGUAGAGUCUGUGACUCCGACGAAAACCAGCUCAAACAGCAGAUUAAACAAGCCACUCAAUGACACUGCUCUCAGCGAAGGUGGUAACAAUAUUUAUCAGGCGAAUCCACACAGACCUUCUCCUCACACUCGAAGCACCUCAGACCUUGCCAGCUCCAUUGCAACUGAUACUCUUAACCUAACGCAAGAUGCUGGAUUCCCCUAUUCCAAAGGUCAAAUUGAAGCUAUUUAUGCCGCAAAUGUUGACCUCUUACACGACGGCUCUCAGGCAAGCGUUCACACUUUUGGAUCAGAAGGAGGCGGAGAGUCUGACGGGGAUGAGAUGGAUAACGUUUAUUAUAAGUAUGAUAGGGACGUUGAUGUAGAGGGAUCAAUGAUGGAGGGAGAGGAUGACCUCAGCUCUAUUGGUGGUAAAGACAGGAACUCAAUGAUAUCCGAGUCCUCUGAUGGAGCUAGAGAAGACGAAUAUCAUUUCAGUCAGAGCACAAACCCCUGGUCGUCCAGGCGCUCGAUCAACGACCUCAUCGGAGAGGGAUCACACAGUUUAAUGUACGGCUAUCCUCAUUCUCAAGGCAUAGGUGGAGCUAUUCCUUAUGGGGCAUCCACUCAAGGCUCUCACACCUCUUUAUUACGAGGACAUAGGCCAAACCCACAGUAUAGAGUUGGAAGCGAAAGGGAGCUCCCACGGCAGUUAUACGGUCAUUCGCACAGACUAGGGCACCCUCCGCCCCCAUUGGGAUCAAACUACGAGUAUUAUCCUGAACACGAAUUACACCAAGCCCCGCCCUCUCUCCACCCACGUAUGUCAAACUCUCAACAUUACGAGCCCCCAAUGAUGGAGUACAGGGGACGUUCCAGCGUCCCUAGGGGAGCACCCCCUCCUCCAUACUUCACUCAAGACCCCAUUCAGCAUAGUUUGACCCAGAGUUCUACGAGAGGUGAGAACUAUUAUGCGCCAGGGUUCCUCGAGCCUUUAAAUUUUGAGCGGCAGACACUCUCGACUUCUUCGACAUCACUUAGUACGAGUGCCAGUCAUCCCAACAAUUACAGACACAAUAGUAACGGAUAUCAUUGAAGAACUAUCGUGUUGCAAACGCUGUACUAAUAUUUUGUUAUUAUUUUCCUAAUAAUAAUUAUGAGUAAUUUUAUUUUGUCUAUAACAUGUUCCCAUGUUUCUUUACUAUCUGUUAUUGUGUUCCCUUCAAUGUCUGCAUGUUUGUACGAUAAUCUGUAAUCAAAUUUUUAUUUAUAAAAUUAAUAUCCAGUUUUAAAUAAUACUUAAUGACAGCAA